AUGGGAGCUCACGAUUCUCAACAACAACAACAAAAUCAUGGAAAUUCAUCAUCAACAACUCCACGAGAACAAUUACUUGGUAUUCCAUUGAGUGGAAAGAGAGCGACAACUAAUUUGAGUGGCUAUUCGAAUCAAUCAUCCUCCUCCUCACCAAAUACCACAACAAGUGUCAGCAGUAGCAAUGUAUUUAGUACAAGUAGUUCGAUACUGAGUAAUUCGAAUAGUGCUGUUUCGUCUCCUCCUCAUCAUUCUAUGCAUUUUACAAAUCCAAUAACUUAUCCAUCAUCUUCAUCAUCAGCAACAACAACAGGAGGAGGAGGAGGUAGAAAUAGAAGUAACAGCUCCUCUUCAACACAUCAUCAAUAUUUGGGAGCUACUUCUCCAUCAACCAUGUCAACUUCACCACACAAUGCCAUUUCUCCCAACACUUUACAAAGUCAUAUUCAAAAUAUGCAACAAACAGCAAAGAAUGAACAAUUACAUGCAAAGCAAAUUCAAUUAGCCAAGAUGUAUAAAUUCCAAUUUGAGGAAAUUUAUGAUAAUCAUGAAACUAGAGCCCUUUUUAAACAAUUUCUUAUCAAGAAUCAGAACGGAGAAAAUAUCUAUUUUGAUAAGACUCUAGAUUCCGAGUAUAAACCUCUAAAAUCGAAUAGAAAUAGAUAUUAUAUGGCAAAGAGAAUAGUAGAGACGUUUAUAAAGGAGGGAUCUCCGUAUGAAGUGAAUUUAUCAGAAAAGGUGAAACAUGCCUUGUUGAGAGAGUUUGCAAAGGCAAGUGAAGAAAAUUGUCCUUUAGAUUUAUUUGAUUCUGUUCAGUAUCAAGUUUUAAGUUCAAUGAGAAUGGAUGCCUAUCCAAGAUUUGUACAAAGUGAUGAAUUUUUAAGUUUUAUUGGAAGUAAAUUAUUAAAUGCAAAGAAUAUGCAUCAUAAACUGAGGUUUUUAAAGGCCAUUAAUGCUGUUAGAAAGGUUUCACCUCUGGAAUUAUCAUCUUCAAAGGCCAAUCUCAGAAAGAGUUUGAAUGUGAAACAAAAAAAGACUGAGGAAGAUCAAUUGAAGGAAGCUCUAAUCAUGGACCAAAUAGAAUUGGAAGAUAAUGCUCAUGAAAAUUUAAUAUUACACAUUCCUGAUGCUGAUCCUACAUUGACACCUCGAUCCUAUUAUACCUACACUUCUGCACCUGCCAAUGGUCAAACAGCUCCAUCACUCAAUUCUCCAAAUAAUACCAACAAUCAUGCACAUACUCAUCAAACAUCGGAAAUUAGUGAACCUUCUACAAUUAAGAGAAGUAUGUCAAAUUUGAUGGGACAUUUCUUUAAGAGUGGCGACAAACAAUCAAGUAACGAAAAGAAUUCAAACAAUAGAAAGAGUACAGCUGCUACUCCAGUUCAACCCUAUGUUCAUACCACUAGAAAUAGACAUUCUAGAUCAGGAUCUGCUCUUGGUCUUUCUCUGGGUGAGUUGACAACAAGUAGUAAUAGCAUUGGAGUUAAAUUGCAUGACAGCUUACCGAAAGCUAUUCCUCCAAUUAACAACUUUAUUGUCACACCUGGUAGCGAUGAUGAACAUGACGAUGAGGAAGAUUAUUCCAACAAUACUGCCGACCAUCAAGAUAAUGAGGAUGACGAUGACAUUCCACUCUCUGAGCACGAAAGAGUUAAAAGAUUUGACACCAUUCUCAGUAAGAGUAACAUGUUUGGACAAAAUCAUAAUCACCAUCAUCAUCAUCAAGAUGAAAUGGUUGAAGUUAUUGAUCCAUGGCAAGAUGUGGAAUCUUACAUUUCUGGAGAUUCUUCUGACGAUGAUGAAGAUGAAUUGGAUCAAAUGGAUAUUGGAGGAAAUUUGGCAGCUAUUGCUGGCACUCAUGUUAAUUCCAGUCCUCUUACACACAAUACAAUUGUUCCAAUUCUUGAAGGAUUGUCGACUCAUAUAGAAGAUCUACAACUUUCUACAAGAGAAGUUGAAGCCAUCAAAUCUGAGUACAUGCACUAUGUGGAUAACAAGUCAGUAUUGGAUCUUGCAACCAUUUUGAAACAAGUAGAUGAGAAGGAUAAGAAAACUAAAUCAGGAUGGUCCAUGGUCAAUUUGCAACCUAAAAAGAGAAGACUCGGCAGGAGAAGUAAAUCAAUUUCCUCAUUGGACCUGAUUGCACAACAUUCAGUGAAGGCCUACUCUGCAAGAUUUGACUCUAUUGCCACCGAUGAUAUUACAUACAUGUUGAGAAGAUCUUGUCGAUUGCCUUACAAUGCCUUUUCAGUUUUACAAAUUUUGGCAGAUGAAAGCACGGACGAAAGUAUUGUCAAUCCGUUAUUGACAAGUCCAGCAGAAUAUAUCGAAUUUAUUGUUAAGGAAACUGAACAUGCCUAUGCCUCAUUGAUUACUUUAGAAGGUGCCAGAUGGCCUUGGCCUCUUAAACAACGUCACUAUGUCACCACUGGUACUGUUAUUUCUGAUAUUAUCAAUGACGAAAAGGAUAAUCCAGGAAGAAAACGUUAUGUCAUUAUCAAGAGAAGUGUUGUAAAUAAUCCAAAAUUGGAAAUUACAUUGAGUAAGAAGGAUAAUCCAAACAGAGUAUUUGGACUCAAAUUAGAGGCCUACUUUAUCGAAUCUUUCAAUACCAAUGAAUGUACAUUGACCAUGUUCAAUGAAUGGAAAUUCACCAAUGCCAACAAGUGGUCCUUCCCAACCAAACUCUUUAGAAAAACUCUGAGAACCUUCUCCACUGAUUUCCAUCAAAAUUUAAUUGACAGAUUAUCGAGCUCAGCUGGUCAUCAACCAAUUUCCUAUCAUGAAUUCAUCAGCCAUACCAAUACAGCUCACGAUGUCUCUCCAAGAAACGAUCACACUCUCCUCCACACACUCUUCCGUAAUCAAGCUCUAUCUCCAUAUAAGAAGAAGGAGGAAAUUAAGGGUAAAGUUCAGAGUGUUUUCAAUACAUUAUCCCUGAUGAGAUUAUUCGAGUAUGAUCUUCAUGAAACUUGUCGAAUCAUUGAGGAAAGAUAUCACAAUUCAAGUGCUACUACACCAUCUGAUGAUAAUAAUCAACAUCUUGUCAAUCCUUCCAUUCACAUUGUUUCUGAAGAAUCAUCUCAGAAACAAACAAAAGUCUUGUAAAAGACAUUAUCAUUACCAACAUAUACAGGUUGUGCCAACUUACAUUGGUUUUCAACAGUCAAUUAUAUCCCAAAUUAAAUAUUUAAUCCAAGAGCAACAACAAGGGAUUAUUCAAUAUUAAAAUAUGAGAAUUAAAUAAUUGUUAAU